CAGGCUGCGGGUUGUGGACUGCACCAGACCAGCUCCAGUUCGGGGUUCAAAGCAGCUAACCUAAUUUCCCUGCACGCCGCGCCCCAUGCUGACCCGCCCACCACUCCCCCUGAGCACUACCGUAGACCUGUUGAUGUUUGACAGCUCUGCUAACGGCUUUUGUUAUUGUCGCACCGAUUUUUAUAUCGCGCACGCAAAUUCUGCAUUUCUGCACUUCGAGUCGGUGCUGUGUUGAUGCGCUUUCCUCGCGGCGGUGGCUCCUUCCCCUAGGGCCGUCGUCCCGUCCGUAUGCGGAAGCGACAGCCCCAAGCGAACUGACGUCUCUCAUCUUGCACGCCUUGCCCGCCUAGUGACUUGUGACUACACCUGUGCCCACCAUCGCUUGCAUGGUCCCCAUUAAUGCUGCGACACUCCUGUCUGAAGGCUUUCACUGCCCUAUCACCGCCCCGAUUAUCUCUCCUCGCCUUUCGCGCCAGUUCAAGCCCCAACAGACGACCUUACUCGGCCGUCACCGCUCUCCCACGAUGUGAGCGCAUCGAGAUCCCCUGUCGGUCCAACGGCUCCAUUACGGUUGACGUAUUCCAUGCAUCAGCAUCUAAAGCUCCGGUCUUGCUUUACCUACCUCCAGGACCAGUAGUACCAGAAAGCUCAGAUGAAGACGAACGCGUUAUAACAACGCUAAGAGAGUCAAGCGCUGGAACUAUCGUUCGUAUCAACUACCGCGCAUCAUCCGUGCACCAGUAUCCGACCCCAUGUCACGAUGUGCUGCUUGGCUACGAUUGGGUGCGCGAGCAUAUCCUUAUCGAUGAAUUCGAACGGCCUUAUCUAGCUCGCAUGGGCGUAUGCGGAGAACUCGUAGGCGGCUCACUAGCAACUAUGCUGGCUCUGACAGAAUGCCGCGUUGGGGAGAGUCGAAUCGGUGCUGUAGCCAUCAACAAUCCGAUUGUAGAUUGGGUGUUUCCAGAUGAGCUUCCGGUUGUCCAACCAGAGGAUCUCCCCGAGCCCCAAUACGGCGACGAAACACAACUCCCUGCUGAUGAAGACAUGGCCGGUUCAUUGGCAAUUCGCGAGACUAUAGAAAAUAUGCAACCUCAAAAGAAGCGUGGUAGGAAACGAUUACCCAAAACACCGCCGCCGACAUCUUGGCAGGCUCAUGAAGAGAAGGAGAUCAUACCGACCAUGACUUUGACGGAGAGGCGUGACAUUCUAUUCAGGAAGCCACAAGACUACUUCGAUCGGUUUGCGUCCCCUCUCCACUUCUUCCGUUCUCCUCAUGCGCAACUUAUCCUCCCGCCACAAGACGACGUCUUUGCAUCCCAGCAGCCAGACGAACUCCUCGACAUUGAGACUCAGAUGGCCAUGAACCAUUAUGCGACCUUUGAAGAUGCUAUCAAAGCCCCACCGGCAGUACCAACGCUGAGCAGAUGUCGUGCCUACGCUCGCAACUACCCUCCAGCUGGCACCAGACUGACUCUGCCCAUCUGGAACAUCACAAGCGGACUCUGUAGUCCGCUGAACGAUACCACAAAUGAGUUGGCCAAACACCUUCGACGCAGCAUCGCCCGUCAAAUACUCAAAACGCAUUCCGGGCGGUCUCGCUGGCAUGACGCAGCGGAGAAGAAGCAAUACGAAGAGAUUGCCCAAGACAGAGUCGAAUUGACCUCGUACGAAGGCGUAGGACUCUGGUCUCAACAAGACCCCGACCCAGCAACAAGACCACGAGUAGAAGAAAUCGGGGCGUGGAUGAAAAGACAGUUAGAACCCGGUUCCUUUUAGAUGCUCAGAAACAAACAUUGCAAUAUUUCUAAUCUAUCUUCUGGC